CUCGAUUAGUUUCACACACAACCGACUAGAUUAAUGCACAUUUAGAUUUCUAAUGAUAAAUGAGAGUGCCGAGACGUUUAAAUCAUCAACGUGAUUUACUACGAACUCGAUCCCGCGGUGCGUGUCCUAGUUUAACGAAGCAGGAAUAUGGAUGAAAUUGAAGAAAAUAGUAUUAUAGAUGAAAAUGAGGAAGAUAAACAGAAAUUGGAUGUUUUCAAAUUUAGACGACACGUAGACAGAAACAAAAUGUUUGUGGAGCCACCUAAAACAAUUCGAUACUCCGAAGGCACCACGCCGAACGUUUAUUUGGAAAUAGAUGAACAAAAGCGGCCAAAAACUUACGCUAUACUGCAGGAAACACGAACUGAAUUCACAAGUAGCAAAUUAAGAUCCAUUUUGCUAAUAUACUCUAAUCCUGGAUGGGAAGUCUUCUCGUUAACUGCAUUAUUUAUUGCGUACAUUUUGGACAGCUGUCUUUAUACAUUUUGCAAAUUUAACGAAAGACCAUUUUGGGGCAUUAUACUUGUAAUAUGUUUCAACUUUAUGUUUGCUAUCGAUGUCGUCGUCGUAGUGGGCUUAAAAUUCUCUAAGAAAUGGAGAAAGACACUAAAUCUUGUCGAACCUGGUACGAGCCGAGUGGUGUUAGAUGUUUGUUUGGCUAUACCGUUCUCGUUUUCCUACUUGGUGGACCUAACACACUGGUCUUUAGAUUUCCACGCUAUAUCUCCACUUGUAGCUACUGUACGAAUUUACAGAAUUUUGGAAUACUUUUACAAUCGAUCUUCGCAAGCUGGCAGUAAUCAAUGGACAACAUUUUUAUCGCAAUAUCUCGUUCUUUUCGUGCUUUCAGUGCAUACAUGGUCAUGUGUGUGGUUCCUUUUCGCAAAUAAGAGUUUUGACUUACAUAAAAUACGAUCUUCUUGGUCAUACGAAGCCAUUUACCUUCCAACAGAGGAGACUUUAGACUGGUAUUACGUCUGUACAUAUUGGUCUGUAAUGUUUUUAACAACGAAUGCACUGGGCGACUUGUACCCUGUUACUACUAAGGAGCGAAUUACAGCCAUUUUAGCAAUUUUGUUAGGGUUUCUCCUAACUACGUUAGUUUUUGUGGGCUCUUUGACUUCACAAUUUAUAACGAUAACAACCAGGCGUUCUAAAUAUGUUAGACGACUGAAGAAGAUUAAAAAUCACCUUAGAUUGAUAAAAAUGGAUUCUGACACAACUAAACGUAUUAUAAGUUACUACGAAGAUCUCUGGUAUCAAAAAUCUGGAGUUUUCAAACCAAAACUCUUAAAGCUACUACCACUUCCAUUACAAAUGGAAAUAUGUUACGAUCUAAAUGCUGUUCCGCUCUACAGCUCCUUAAUAUUUAGAAAGCUACCGGAGGCAUUCCUUAGAAGACUAUCAUUAGACAUGACUCAUCAGUUUUAUUUACCGGGAGAUGUUGUUUAUAAUCACAACCAGAACAAGACUAUUAUGGUCUGCAUUACAAAUGGUGUACUUGAGCUAUUGUCGGAUGAAGAUGACGAAAGUCCAAUGAUAUCUUUUGCUAAAGGCACCUGCUUUGGAGAAAUUGCUUUAGUAUACAAUAUUCCCGCAAGGUGUACGGUUAAAGCUGCCACAUACGUCGAAUGCCAAGUUCUAGAAAAAACAAAAUUUAUAAAACUCAUGAUUACAUAUCCUGAUUUAGUCGAUAAAAUAAGACAGGAAGUCCAGCAGAGGAUCGCGAGAAGUCGACGGAGGAAACAAACUCAAGGCGAUCACGUCCCUUUGACUUUAAAUAUUUAUGCGUCUAAAAAUAGAAAAAAGAGUAGAAUUAAAUGUUUAAAGGACAAACUGAGAUACUUACAAGGUAAAACAGAGAUCGACACGGUUACUAAAGAAGAUCAAUUGGACGAAAAUUGCUUAGAUUUGUACAUCUUGUCGGAACACAUUAAAAAGAAAACUUCUGCUUUUACAUGCAUGAACGCAUCCUUCCCAUGGAUUCUAGAAGAUGGGUGUCCUCUGGUCAAAUACUGGGAAUAUUACAUGCUCUUACUAGUCGUGUAUAUCAGCAUAUUUUACCCUUACUACAUUGGCAUUAAACGACGCUUUCCAGACGGAAUUAGCUUUUAUGGCCAAGUCAUUAUAACCAUAUCGUUGAUGUUGAACCUCCUUAUAACAUGUGUUACUGCAGUUAAAACGAAAAAGAAAUACAUCAGAAGCUUGAAAAACAUACUGAGCUACAGAAUGAACACUCUUGGCUUGUAUCUUGACGUAUUGGCAAUAAUACCGUUUGAAUACAUUGUAACAAUACACACGACUGUUAAAUAUCACGACAAUUAUAGAGACCAUUUGUUUUAUCUUUGUAAAGGAAUCAAGCUGUGCCUAGUAUGGAGACUUUCGAGUUUAUUUGAAAAUUUAGAGAAAAUGUUGUUACUUAACACCCUUUUGGUCAAAAUAGUAAAAUACUGCAUUUACAUAUCCCUCUUGUGUUACUGGUGCGGCAUUGUGGUCUACAUGGAGUCGUGUUUUGUGAAUAGAUGUUCGGAAAAUUCAUGGUUCAGUAGAGCGUUAAUAUGGGAGGACCACGUUGACGGCGUUACGUAUAGCAAGACCAGAUAUCCAAUCGUGACGGCCGUCUACUUCGCAACAACCAUUUUAUUAUCCGUCGGAUACGGUGAUUUCUCACCUGGAGACAAAUACGAUAUGGCUUUCGUGGCCUUUCUAAGCCUAUACGGUGUUUUGUUAAUCGGCUAUUGUGUGUCGGAAUUUUCUGCUGUCGUAACACAUUGGUCGAGAACAAAAACAGCAUUUCUAGAAGUUAUCAUUACAAUAGACAAAUUCAUGAAAGAGAAUAAUAUGCAUCCAGCGAUCAAGUCGAGGAUAAUGGCGUUUUACGAACUACAAUGGCAAUAUAACUCGGGUGUGGAACUCACAGAUGAAAAUUGGUUGGAAAAAUCUGUUAUUCCUUCAGAGCUGCGCAAAAAAGUGUUGCACCAAGCGAGAUUUAAGGCGUUAACCUCUAUAACAUUCUUUCAAGUGAAAAAUAAAGCGUACAUUCAAACGUUAACAGAAACGGCGCGUGACAUCAUUCUGCCGCCAGGCGAAAUAGUUUAUUACGGAGGUACGGUUACAAGAGAGCUAUAUAUUAUCGAGAGUGGCUACUGUUUGGUAACAUCGCACGAAAUGAGAGAAAAGAAAAUGGAGCGGAUCAUUGGCCCGGGGAAUCAUUUGGGACUCCUGGUUUUGCUUUACGGUGUACCGGCUACAAGCACUGUGAUUACAUUAACUCAUUGCAAGUUAAUAAGUGUGAGCCAUUCAGCCUACACAUCGGCUUUGAGUUUAUUUCCGGAUAUGAAAAAACACGAUGGCCUCAUGACUCCUGAAGAACUACAAAUGAUUGAAAUGCAGGCUAAAUCGCAAAAUGUCGACGCUUACCUGAGGCAUUAUAACCAAUUGAAAGCAAAAAAGCCGAGGGUCAGAAUAACGAAUGUCUUACAAGACUUUUUUAAUGAUUCCUUCAUCGACGUUGCCGAUGAAUACAAGAAGAAUAAGGAGAGUUACACCAAAUCUUACAAUCAGUUCACCAUCCUCAACAACAUCUCCCCAUAUUUAUUGAUGCCUAUUACUAUAAAACCCGAUGGCAUAUUUCUUAAAACUUGGGCGAUGGUCCGCGUUUGCAUUGCUUAUGUUUUAUGUCUACUUAUUCCCGUCAUUGUAGCUUUCGCACCACCUUGCCGAAUAUUCAACGUGGCAUUAAUAAUAUUAGAAUCAUUUUGUUACAUUGAUAUAUAUGUUAGGCUACAUGUAGCUUACUACGGGUCGAAGAAUCAACUGAUAUAUCAUCCUUAUAUGACAGCGCGUCAUUACCUCACAGGUCCAUUCAUUACGGAUUUUUUAACAAGCUUCCCCUGGUACGCAAUUUGGAAGUUGUUUGUACCCAAACACAACGAAUACCAUACACAACAAGACCAUCUUCUAAAUCCCCACAUGUUACACUGCAUAUUAAGAAUGGCAAACGUAACGCAGAUCUUUAAACUGUGGACUGCUUUUUGGACGGAAUCUAUUGGAGCAUUGAAAAGAGCAUAUCUGAUGAGUGUGGUGCAAUUUCUUCUGCUUACUUUGUUUUUCCUUAAUCUAUACACGUCAAUAUUAAUAAUGCUAUCCUGUAGAUACGUGAUAGCCUCUGAUUAUGAUGAUUUUAAGCGCCAGAUUUCGCAGUUAUCAUUGGAAGGUCCGUAUAUGACUACUAAAUAUCACCAAGACGGAAACAUGAUCUGUCAACGAGCAUCUUGGAUUGAUUCAGCAUACAUACUGAGAGACGUAUAUCUGUCCCCGGAGAAAGUAUAUUUAAUGGCAUACUAUUGGGCCGCAACGAGCUUCAGUGGGGCUGGGUUCGGUGAUAUUACUGCCCAAAACACCACUCACAUGAUACUGUCUAUUUGUAUAAAUAUACAUGGAGUCUUGUUCUUUGGAUAUGUUUAUGCGAGGAUAGCGUCACUCAAAGCCACGGCCGAUCAAGUGGUGACUAAGUUUCAAGAAAAUUUAAAACAUCUAGACCUGUUCUUGAACAGAGAAAGCGUGCCUUUUGUAUUAAAACGAGCUGUGAUUGAUUAUUGGAAAUACCAAUGGAAAAGAACUGGCGGAUGGUCUCACCAAAGAAUAUUGGGUAAACUGCACGCUAAUUUAAACGAAGACGCUGUCUUGUACAUGUAUGAGAAAACAUUGCGUGAAAUUCCACUUUUUGAAAAUGUCGAAACCUCAUUCUUCAGGGCUUUCGCAAAAAAACUCAAAGAACAGUACUUUCAGAAAAGUUACAUGGUAAUGAGAUCUAACGAAGUUAUAAGUACCAUGUACAUAAUUUAUCGUGGAAAAGUGGACAUAGUAUCGGACAUAAACGAAGUUGAAGCAUGCAUGGGACCGGGCGGUAUAUUUGGCAACAUAAAAGGAGGUUCCAAAUACCUGACAAUGUCGAAUGUGAUAGCUUCUAGGAACAUUGACGUGUUGUGCAUACAGGGACACGAUUUCUACGCUCUUUUGAAGAGUUACCCGUCGGUUUUAGUGAAGGUUAAACAUUCAGUAGAUUCUGCAGUUAAAGAUUACGUACUGCCAACAAUGACAUCUGAACGGAACAGUGCUGAAAUUGAGGCUUAUCCUCUGAGCUACGAGCCAGGAGAUGAAGACGACAAUGACGUCGACAUGAGUAUAUAUUUAGAGAGUCCAGAAAAAAGCAUCACAGAGUCACAUGGCUCGAGAUCAAUAACGUCAUCAGGCAAUGCAGAUUACGAACCAGCUUCGCUCCUAAUUCUAAAACCGCACAGAUGGUUCCGCGGCAGCAUUAUACCCGACAGCAAAUUAAUGACAUUUAUGGAAUAUCUCAUCCUGUGUCUAUCGUACAUAGACUUCAUGUUGCUUGUGUAUCAGAUGGCAUUCCAAUCAAUUCCUUACUUUUUCCACAUCUGUGUUACAUUUGACGUAAUAUUUCUCUAUAAGACGUUUCUAGACAUGCAUAGUGGCUAUAUGAAUCGUUACGGCGAUUACGUUUUGAACCCAAAGAAAGUUCGAGCAAUGUAUUUCUCAAAAAUAUUUCUACGGAGACGUGAUUUUAUAGCGAAUUUCCCAUUGAGCUAUCUGGUUUUUGCUUUGUCCCUCCGACCACAAAUGCAACUUGCUUUAUUUUGUUAUACAAGAACGCCACAGCUCUUUAGAAUAUCCUACCUGUUCACUUAUCGAACACACAAAAAGACGAAUAUUGGAUCUGGGAAUCUGUUAUUUAAAUUGACUUCCAUUGCAAUAUGGGCAUCAAUAUUGUCACACGUAAACGCAUGCCUAUUUUACAAACUAUCUUGUUUAACGCCCGUACAUUGCACUUCAGCCAACUGGAUGGCAAAAGCAGAAUUAAAUCUACGCGCGAAAUAUUCUGAGGAAAGCUACUUUACUAUUUACAUAGCUGCUUUGUGGUAUAUGAUCAAUCUUUUAACAAUUACCGGCUCUGGUGAUGUCACGUCUCAAAAUAAUUUUGAAGUCAUAGAAACAAUCAUCGUCAUCAUUGUCAUUAAGUUCUGUACAGGUCUACUUAUAUCAGAAAUGUCAGCGAUGAUAUCGGCACAUUCGUCAUCGCGUAUAGCUUACGAUGAAGGCAUCAACGAGUUAAGAGAUGGACUAAACGAUAUGGAUCUAAGUUCUCAUCAGAUGAGCAAAAUGUGGGACUACGUUAGAGAAUUGUGGAACCGACAGCAGGGUAGACAGAUGCCCAAAUUAGUCUACAAAUUACCAUUUCGUCUUCGAUGUCAAAUUAUGCAAGCUGUAUACGGGUCUCAUAUCCGAGAAUCGGCAAUAUUCGGAAAAACUGAUGAUGACUUCAAAAGGAUGCUAUCUAUGUGGAUGAAACACUGCGUAUUCUUUCCGGGAAACUACAUUGUACAAAAUGGCGACUCUAAUCAAUGUAUUUACUUCAUACAUAGAGGACAGGUUGAAGUUCUGACAGUCCAUCCAAAUCUUACUGAAUCUAUUUACGAUGUUUUGGGACCCGAAGACAGUUUUGGCGUAGCGCAGGGUCUUUUCGUUGGAGUUGUACAUCACUUCUCAUUCAGAGCUCGAACAGUCGUCGACAUAGUGUAUCUAAAACUAGACGAUUGGAAAUAUCUUCUCGAUUACUAUCCAGCGGCGGCGAAAAUCGUUCAAAGAAAAGUGGAAAACGUUUAUUUAGCUAUCUAAUAAUAUAGUAUAGUUGAGCUUUUACAAUAUAUUCGUGUAUAAAGGCACGAGAAUAUGUAUGUUUUAAUAAUGUAGUUUUAAUUUAAAAUAAAACUAAUUAGACGUAA